AUGGUUUGUGUUUCCCGACCCACUGAAGGGAGGGGUUAGUAAACUUCAGCACGAGAGAGUCAGUAUGCUUCAGAACUUUAUAUUGUGGGUAAAAACUUGAAAAAGCGAAGGAGUUUGCCCAGAGUCUACACUGGCUAGUAAUAAUGGAAAUCCCAGCUAUUAACCUCAAGGCCAUCGUACUGGUUCACUGGUUGCUGACAGUCUGGGGUUGUAUGGCAUGGAUGCCAUCAUCCUAUGCUUGGGGAAACUUUACCAUGCUGGCUAUUGGUGUAUGGGCGAUCGCUCAGAGAGACUCCAUAGAUGCUGUGCUAAUGUUCCUUCUGGGGAUGGUCGUGACCAUCGUGACAGACAUCAUCCACUUCGGAAUCUUUUACCCGGUGGCCGAGAGCCUGGCGGAGAGGAACAGGGACACAUUUCGCUUCAGUGUGGGCAUGUCCAUCCUUGGCCUGCUCCUCAAGCCCGUCUCCUGUUUCUUCGUCUACCAGAUGUACCGGGAGAGGGGAGGCGACUACAACGUCAACUUCGGGUUCCCAACAGUUACGCGCAACCGAGAGGCCUACCAGUCCAUUGACCAGCAAGACCAGCCGCCCACUGCUCCGGCGAACCCCUUCAACCAGGCAGAGGCCAGCAAGCCAGGGGUGCGAUCCUACUGAUACCCUGACAAGGCCAAUGUGCUAAACCCAGACCCAUAACAGUGCUUGUUUCACUCUGAUGGGAAACUGAGUGAAUGUUGAUGAUGUUACAUGUGAUAUAAGGUGUAGAGGUCACUAUCGGCACUUAAAGGAAAGAGUUUUGUUACAGUGAUAAUCAGCACACAUAACCUUAGUGUAUUCAAACUCUGUGUAGUGUGUUAUGCAGAGAAAAUGUGAUUCAAUGUCAGUAUGUCGUUACUUGUCUUGUGUGCUGAUGGUCAGGUUAACCAUACCGUUAAUGUGUAUGUUCACACAAUACAGACAAUGUAUACCUCUAGCACUAUAGCUUCACAGUAUUAAGGCUUUGUAUUGUUACACUUGCUCAUUUUUGUAUUCAUCCCUUGUGAAAUAUGAAAGAGCACAUGAGAAGGAUUCAUGGUCAUAUGAAAUUUGCUGUGGUGGGCUUAUAUGUUAUGGCCAACAAUGCAAAGACUGACAUUCAUGAGACUGGUCUUUUUUUUCCUUCUUCAUUCUCAAAAUCAAACUAGCAUUCUCAAUUUCAAGGCCUGGUCACAUUCAAAGAUCUUUUCAUUUUAUAGUGGGUGUCAUGAAAGAGAUUUUCUGCCUCAUAAUGUUCCUCAUUAGAUGUGUUGGCGGCUCAAUAUUUCCAGCUCUCUGGACAACUCUUUGCAACCUAGUGGUGUAAUCCCUCAAAAGGAUUUUCAUGAAGGUAAAGAUUCAGACUGUGCGGAAUUCGAUAUAACUUGAUUAGGUUGUUUUCCUUGGCCAGUACAUAACAUGCCUGGACCUUGUAGCCAGCACAUCUGCAUCAAUGCCCUAGAAAUAUUCUGUGACAUUUGCAACUACAUUUUUGGCAAAACAUCAGAUUAAGCAUUUCAAGAAGAGGUUGAUUUUAAGCAUCCAUAUAUAUCAGGACCUGAGUCUACAUGUGUAAGUCAAUCAUUUGUGUGCCUUUGUAGUAGGGCAUAGUGUUACCAUGUAAAUCCUAUGACGGUCUAAAUCAUGCCAGCAGCUAACUCAUACCAGCAGUUUGAUGCUUCUCUUCUCUUUUUCUUUUAACGGACUGUACUUCUGUUUUGUUGCUGCUCUCCCUGACUCAUGUUAUUUCAUACUAAAGCUCAUUAACAUUUGGCUCUAUUAAUGCCUAGUUCUCCCUGCCUCUGGUUUUUAAAUUUAGACCUGCCUGCUGUUGUGUCCGUUUUUCAUUCUACGUAACACGUUUCCAUAGGAACCAUCAAAGAGGAUAUGUAGACAGAUAUUUGUCCUUUCUUCACCAGUGUAUGUAACAUUCCCAUCCCUAACCCACCCCCACCCUGCCCCCAAUUGCUUCUCCUCGCAUUAGCUCUCUGAGUAUGUUGCAGUGUUAUUUCAGAGAAAGGUCUAUGUUUUGUUUUUUUAAGGUGAAAGUGAACAAGCUUUAUUGGGGCUUCGGCGAAAACACGUCUGAAUUUAGAGUCUGUAUUGGGUUUUGCUGCUGCAUUCCCUGACAGCACGGUGAUGUGGGCUGUCAUAAUUUAGUAAGGGAUGUUUACACUUUGCCUCUCCAUCGGAAGUGACGAAUCAGGUGCAAGUCAGAACGUGAACAACACAGCGCAACACCAAAUGAUAUACUCCUUCUUUAGACUUGUGAUAAUGCCAAAUGUCCCGUGGAUGAGUUGUUACUUUAAUGUCUGUUAUUGCUUGUUGUUGGUUGUGUAAGUCUGUAAGGAUGAUUCACACCAACACAUACCAAGUCUUCUGCUGAUGCUGAUGUUUAGUUUACAUUUGAUAGCUUGUUUCUUUAGACAUUCCUGAGGAGAUGAUUUCAUCUUUGUUGUGCUGUCUUAAAUCGCGUGGAUAAUACGGCCACGAAGCAACCUGACUGCAGCCUUUGUGCGAAGCUUGUAUGUCAGAGGGAAGCACUUGAAGCUUUAUUAUAGAUGUAGGGUAGUUUUUUGUAAUUUCAAUCAUAGCUUGCUUUUUUACUGCUAAAAUGGAGUGAUUGAAAAGCACCAAGAGUCUGCAAUUCUGACAAAUUGAAAAGGCUUGAUUGCUUUUAUCUGUCAUUUUCCAUCCACAAGGCUCUGCCAGCCAUUCUCAAUAAACAGACUGAUGAUAUAUAA